GUCGGAUGGUUUGACCUUGGAAGAUGAGCUUUCCUCCAACCCUGAGAUCCCAGUCGCCUGGAGAUGGACUCUUUGCACCUUCAGGCUUCUCAAGAGGUGCCCUGUGGACAAGCAAGCCGUCCUCAAAGGCUGGGCAGCCGCUGCGAAGAGGAGGCAAAGCUCGUCUGCGGCAGCCAUCGGCGCUGUGCACCAACCUUCGGUGGCAAGGCCGGUCCGGCAGUUGCAGAGCUCUGAUCCCAGUCCAGUGCCAGAGGAUGCGAGACGCCCUGGCAGCGGCUUGCGAAGUCGUGAGCCAGAGACAGGCGGCGAGGAGGGAAGAUGUCGACUCGGCCGUGAAGAGCUGUCCCCGGAUCCCGAGCCCGUGUUUUGCGCAAAUGCCGGUGACUCCAGGUGUGUGCUGGCCAGGGGAGGUCGUGCUCAAAACCUGUCACGAGAUCACAAGCCCGAGCUGAAGAGCGAGCGCAGGCGGAUCACGCAGGCCGGUGGCUUCGUUUCUGCCGAUGGCCGCGUUGACGGUAACUUGAACCUGUCGCGCUCCCUCGGAGACUUUGCUUACAAGAAGGAUGCAUCCAGGAAGGCCACCGAGCAGAAGAUCUCAGCAGAAGCCGAGGUCAAGAGAAGGGGCCUCGGCCCUGCAGAUCAGUACCUCGCCAUAGGCUGCGAUGGGAUAUUUGAGAAGUUCUCAAGUCAAGAAUUGCUCAACUUCCUGCUGCCGCACCUCAGGCGCCGGCGGCGAAGUCAGGCGCCUCUCUCGAAGGCGUGCUCGGCCUUCCUAGACGCGAACAUUGCCAAGAGCCCGCAGAAGGUCGCAGAGGUGAUCCGGCCCGAAAGCUGGGGUCCGGGGAGAUGGACCCUUGUGCUGCGAAGCGUGGCCAAGGCCCAUCGCCCUGACUUGGCUUUGCAGCUGCUGGCGCUCAUCGGAUCGGGACGAGUUCAAGCCGACGUCUUCCACUAUUCCGCUGCGAUUGCAUCCGGUCCCGGCGGCCUUUGGCCAUCUGCCCUGUCGGUGCUGCAGCACGCAGAUGAUUCUGGAAUCAUCCCGAAUGAGUACACCUUCGGAUCCGUGAUGCGCUGUGGUGAUUGGGUGCUCGCAUUGGAUUGCUUGCGCAGCAUGGGAAGAAGGCGCCUUCCUGUCAAUGAUGUCAUACAUACCACUGUCCUGAACACCCACGCGCACCAGCACCAGUGGGAGCGAGCUCUCUCGCAUCAUGAUGCCCUGAGCGAAAUCACUACCUACACCGCUGCUGCAGCUAUGUCUGCUUGCGAGAAGUGCUCGAACUGGGUGCGCUCCAUUGCGAUACUAUCCUCAAUGCUCGGACAGCCAGGGAAGCCCGGAUUCUCCCCAGACCUUGUUUGUUCCGGCUCUGCGGUCAGUGCAUGUUCGCAAGGGCAGAGGUGGCAAGCGGCAUCUGAUCUCCUUUCGCAGAUGUCAACUAAAGCUCUAGAGCGCAAUGAGGUGUGUUUCAAUGCGGCCAUUUCCUCAUGUGCGCAGCGCUGGGAGGCAGCCUUGUGUUUGUUCGAGUGCCUGCACAGGGAGCGCAUUGAGGCAGGGAUUUGUGCAGCGACCACGGCCCAUAUUUGCCGAAGCUCCUGGGAGUCCACGCUUCUACUGCUCGAAUCGCAGCUCAGGGCAACUAUCCUUCCUGAUGGAGCCAUGGCUGGCUCUGUGCUCCAGGCCAUCAAGGAGCAGACGGCCGAUGUCGAGCGCUGUGAUCACCUUCUCUUGAAGCUGCUGGACUUGUGGAAGAAACAUCUGCCGCAAGAUACAGGUAGCGGCGCCAGCACAGCCAGCCCAGCCCUGCCUCGGAUGGAGAAUGUCCUUGUCAGCCAAGCGGGUUUAGUUGUAUUGUGUAAGCCACCAGGGGUGACCACCGAAUCAGCUGUUGCGAAGCUAGCCAAAACCGGGAUAGGGCUGUGUAUGGUCUCGAGACUGGACGCGCAAACAUCGGGAGUUCUUCCGCUUGCUGUGGGCGAGGUUGCUUCAAGAUUCUUCCAGGCACAGUUUGCUGGCCGGCUUGUGCAGAAGGAGUAUGUGUGCUUGUGCGAGGGUGCCACUCUGGGGGACGUGGGAACCACGGGAAAGAUUUCUCAUCCAUUACUCACGGCGGGCGUGGAUGGACAGAACUCCCGCACGCAGGUUGCGGCAGAAGGCCGCGAGGCCCACACGGUGUACCUUGUAAAAUCGCGGUUUGCUGGUACCUCGGAAGGUGCCGAAGUGAUUCUCCUUCGGGUGAGGCCACUCACUGGCCGAACCCACCAAAUUCGAGUGCACCUCGCUAGCAUAGGACGCCCGAUUGUGGGUGACGUCGUCUAUGGCAGAGGUUUUGCAUCUUCGCAGCGACUUUUUCUGCACUGCGCACGGAUUCGCCUUCGGGACCUGGAAGGCAGACUUCUUACAGUCAAAGCUCCGCUUCCUAGCGACCUUUCUCGAAGUCUGAGGAAGUUGCAGGACAAAUCCCAGUGCGAGCCUUUCUUUGGCAUGGGGCAUGUGGCGCUCCUCUACGGCAAGCGGCCGCUGCAACGGAUCGCUGUGGGCGCUGCUAAGCAGCAGCUAGAGAUACCCUUGGGCGUGGUGGCGGACAUCCCCGGCAAAGUUGACAAUAGCGUUUCCUAUGUGGGCAACAAGUACAACGCCCUGCCCUGGAAGGACUUUGUGGACAUUAAGCUCGAUGCGCGCAACUUGAUCGAAGCCGAUGUCAAGUCGGCUUUGACAGAUUUGGAUUGGUUUGGAAAGGUGAAUGCGCUCUACGCGGGCAAGCAAACCGAGACGGAGCUGGAUGUCGCAGCCAAGACAAUCGGGGCGAUGAAGCCAGUGAAGUAUCCAGUUGCGAAGAAGUGA